AUGAUAUUGUGGUCUUUAGCACAGACUGGGAAUCCCAUACUGGAUUCCCUCAGGAAAGCUGGCUUUACUGCUAACCCGGAGAAGUGCGCUAUUGGGUUGGAGGAGGCUCGCUAUCUGGGGUAUAUUGCAGGUAAGGGAACAAUAAGACCACAGGUAAACAAAGUGGAGGCAAUUCAGAAGUGGCCACAGCCUCGGACAAAAAAACAAGUGAAGGCGUUCUUGGGGAUUGUUGGCUAUUACUGCAGAUUUGUCCCGAACUUUGCCUCCAUUGCAGCACCAUUAACACACCUCACAAAAGGGAGAAAGUCAGUAAUGGUCCAGUGGUCUCAAGAGACAGAAAAGGUGUUUCAGGACCUUAAAAAAGCACUAUGCAGUCAGCCUGUGCUGAUCGCACCAGACUUCUCAAAAGAGUUUAUUGUCUAG